AUGGCGGAUGAAGACAAACCCCAAACUCUCAAGUCUGUCUUCACCUCGGCCGAAAAGAAGCGAUUCACCCUCGAAAACUCGUACGAGGCCUCGUCGCCGAACUACCUUGACGACCUCCGCAACGCCAUCUCCGAGUACGAGACCUGCCUCGACCUCAUCUCCCGCGCCGCCCUCUUCUCCCCUAACGAGUCGCUCGAGGACCUCUCCACCUCAUCUCUACCGUAUCUCCUUAUCACCGCCCACCUUGCCGACUUGCAUCAGAAGCUUCCCUCGCGCCGUCCCAUCGAGCGCCGCGUCGCCCUCGAGCGCGCACGUGAGUCUUACGAGACCUUCCUCGGGUUCCUUGACUCCUACGACCUCCUGUCUGCUCAGCAAAAGAUACUUUACGAACGCUACACCGAUGAGCCCCUCGCCUUUUCGACUCUCGGCACCAACGACGCGGCUAAGCGCCGCGACGCGAAAAUCGCAAACUUCAAAUCGGAGCGCGCCCUCCGCGAGCGACUGGACACGCUGCGCCGGAACCCGCGGUACCAGAACGAAGAUGGUGACGACGAGGUUGUGCGCGAACUACACCUAGCCCACCUAGCGUAUGCGGCACACAUGGCCUUUCAGGGCUUGGAGGGCAUCAACCGCGAGCUCGAGGUCCUGGCUCAGGCCACAGUGCCCCUGAUGCCGUCCCCGACGUCCGUGGAGGAGGAUGAGCGACGCCGCACGGUCGAGCGUAGUUCCGACGGCUACGUCGAGCGCCUCGAGGCACCGCGCCGGCUACAAAGCUUGUUUGGUCAGCGGAGAGGCCCGAUACUGUCCAAGGAUGGCAAGCCACUACAGCCUUUCACCCUCGUCGGUAACCGGGGGCAGAUGGCUGCGGACGUGUUCCGGCCAGGCCAUAACCUGCCGACGAUGAGCAUCGAUGAGUACCUCGAAGUGGAGCGUGAGCGGGGAGGUAUCAUAGAGGGAGGCGGCGAGGCAAGCUGGCACCGACCGGAACCGGAUGAAGACGACUUUGACAAGGCCGACGAGGAGACGAUGAAGGCGAGAGCCUGGGAUGAGUUUGUCGAGGCAAACCCCAAGGGUUCGGGAAACACGUUGAACAGGGGUUGA